AUGGCCGCCAGCCGCAGCUCCCAGACCUAUGAGGGCCUGAACCAUGCGAGCCAGGCGCCAGAGCUGCGCAGGGCCCCUCGCUGGUACCUUGUUGGUGCCGGCGUGGUGCUGCUGGCGGUCGCCGGCGUGGCCGCCAAGGCGUACUCGUCCUCCGGGGCCCUGUUCUCCGCCAGCGCCGCGCGCGGAGGCGAGAUUCAGGAUUGGGAGGAGCUCCCAGGGAUGGACAAGGUGAUCAAGAAGGCCCAGGCCUUGACGCUCAAGCAUCCGCUCCGCAAUUUGAAUGAUUUGUUCUACGACUCGCAGCCAGAGGAACUGCCUUGGAUCCGCACCGAAUGCGUGAUUGACACCGUUCAAGCAGCAGCCUACCUGGGCCAGGCCGUUGUGUUCCUCUACAAAGCCAUCGACUAUAAUGGCCUGGAGUGUCCCGACAACUCACCUGUGGGCUGCGCUGCCAGCGUCGCCGGCUUCAUCACAUCCAUCACCUGGAUUGCCUCGUACUUGUCCUUCGCGGCCAACGCCUGUGGUCAGGCUGUGAACUCGGGCGCGCUCUGCGCAGGUGACUUCACAGCCCUCAUGGCCAAUUUCGGUGAGAUCGCGACGGUCGGUGCCGCAGUGAAGGCGGACUGCGACUUCGGCAAGAACGCGAUCAGCAUCAUCACGAAUCCGGACCCUGUCUCCCCACCCUGGGCCCAGUUCGUCCCCGGUGGCGCCGGACCUGAGGCCGAGAAGAUCCUUGCGAUCAAGGGCCACCAGGAGGCCAAGCGCAACAGGGACUUCGACAUCACGCAGUGCGUCAUGGACGUGACCAACUCUGCCUCCUACAUCGUGCGAGUCAUCCUUCAGAUUCGGGCUGCUGGCAGUGCCUGCCCAGACCCCAAGGCCUGUGCUGUCGGGAUCAUGAACAUCAUCUCCUCAUUCGCAUGGAUCUCCCAGUUCACGGCCUUGGCCGUGUCGGAUUGCCAGGUGGGUGCGGACCAGAAGGCACUGUGCACUGCGGACAUUUCUGACAUGGUUGCAGCAGUGACCAACGGUCCCGCGGCCGGCAUCGCCUCCACGUCGACAGCCAUGGCCGCCAGCCGCAGCGCCCAGACCUAUGAGGGCCUGAACCAUGCGAGCCAGGCGCCAGAGCCGCGCAAGGCCCCUCGCUGGUACCUUGUUGGUGCCGGCGUGGUGCUGCUGGCGGUCGCCGGCGUGGCCGCCAAGGCGUACUCGUCCUCCGGGGCCCUGUUCUCCGCCAGCGCCGCGCGCGGAGGCGAGAUUCAGGAUUGGGAGGAGCUCCCAGGGAUGGACAAGGUGAUCAAGAAGGCCCAGGCCUUGACGCUCAAGCAUCCGCUCCGCAACUUGAAUGAUUUGUUCUACGACUCGCAGCCAGAGGAACUGCCUUGGAUCCGCACCGAAUGCGUGAUUGACACCGUUCAAGCAGCAGCCUACCUGGGCCAGGCCGUUGUGUUCCUCUACAAAGCCAUCGACUAUAAUGGCCUCGAGUGUCCCGACAACUCACCUGUGGGCUGCGCUGCCAGUGUCGCCGGCUUCAUCACAUCCAUCACCUGGAUUGCCUCGUACUUGUCCUUCGCGGCCAACGCCUGUGGUCAGGCCGUGAACUCGGGCGCGCUCUGCGCAGGUGACUUCACAGCCCUCAUGGCCAAUUUCGGUGAGAUCGCGACGGUCGGUGCCGCAGUGAAGGCGGACUGCGACUUCGGCAAGAACGCGAUCAGCAUCAUCACGAAUCCGGACCCUGUCUCCCCACCCUGGGCCCAGUUCGUCCCCGGUGGCGCCGGACCUGAGGCCGAGAAGAUCCUUGCGAUCAAGGGCCACCAGGAGGCCAAGCGCAACAGGGACUUCGACAUCACGCAGUGCGUCAUGGACGUGACCAACUCUGCCUCCUACAUCGUGCGAGUCAUCCUUCAGAUUCGGGCUGCUGGCAGUGCCUGCCCAGACCCCAAGGCCUGUGCUGUCGGGAUCAUGAACAUCAUCUCCUCCUUCGCGUGGAUCUCCCAGUUCACGGCCUUGGCCGUGUCGGAUUGCCAGGUGGGUGCGGACCAGAAGGCACUGUGCACUGCGGACAUUUCUGACAUGGUUGCAGCAGUGACCAACGGUCCCGCGGCCGGCAUCGCCUCCACGUCCGAUUGUGCUGACCUCUAG